AUGCUCUCCACCCUCCCGCGCCUGCCCCUCUUCGAGGCCGUCUCCCGCCACGACCCUGACUCCACCGCCGUCAUCCACUCCCUCUCCGGGCGCACCUUCAAGUACGGCCAGCUGCUCGGCGAUGUGCGCCGGGCCCGCGAUCGCCUCUCCCAGGCCGCCGGUCGCGAGGACCUCAAUGGCGAGCGCAUUGCUUUCCUGGUUGAGAACAGCUAUGACUACGUCGUGACCCUCCUCGCCGUCAUGGCCGCCCGGUCCAUCGCCGUACCCUUGUCUCCCGCGUUCCCGGCGCCGGAGCUGCAGUAUAUCCUCAACCAGAGCGAGGCCUCGUUGCUCGUCUCCUCAACCAAGUUUGCGCCCAAGGCUAAAGAGGUCUUGGCCACUGAAUUGAAGUCUAAGCCUGCUCAUCUCGAGUUGGCAAAGCACAUGGGUGGAGGAAGCCAUGAGGAGAUUGCGCUUGGUGACUCCGACCCCGGAGAAGCAGGCAUGAUGCUCUACACCUCGGGAACGACCAAUCGACCGAAAGGCGUUUUGCUCCCCCAAUCCGUCCUUACGGCCCAAUCCCGCUCCCUCCUUGAAGCCUGGGAGUACUCCCCCUCUGACCACCUACUCCAUGUCCUUCCCCUCCACCAUAUCCAUGGAACUGUGAAUGCCAUCCUCACCCCUCUUCUCGCCGGCUCCACCAUUGAGUUCAUGUUCCCCUUCAACGCUGAUGCCGUCUGGAAGCGCCUCUCAGCCCCUUUCCUCCCCGUCGCCAACCAGGCUACCCCCAAGGACAAGAUCACCUUCUUCACCGUUGUUCCCACCGUCUAUAGCCGUCUUCUCAACUCUUACAAGUCUCUCCCCUCGGAUGUUCAAGAAGCCGCCCGCACCGCCGCCUCACCUGAGCACAUGCGAGUCGCCAUCUCAGGCUCCGCCGCGCUCCCCACGCCGAUCAAGGCUGCAUGGAGGGACCUGAGCCACGGCAACGUCCUUCUUGAGCGAUACGGCAUGACCGAGGUUGGCAUGGCCCUCAGCUGUGGCCUUGACUUUGGGGAUCGCAUCGACGCCAGCGUCGGCUGGCCCUUGCCGUCGGUGCAGGCUCGCCUUGUCGACAUGGACACGGGCAAGAUCAUCGAAGAAGGCGAAGAGAUCGACCCGGAAACGGGCCGCGAGCGCUCCGGCGAAAUCCAGCUUCGCGGUCCCACCAUCUUCCGCGAAUACUGGCGCAACCCAACCGCCACGGCCAGCGAGUUCGUCGAGGACAAGGACGGCCAGGGCCGCUGGUUCAAGACGGGAGACGUCGCCGUCCGUCGGCCCGUCCUAUCUGCAGGCCACAAUGCCACGCAGCAGCCCUGGACCCGCGGGCCCCUCUACUUCAUCCAAGGCCGCAAGUCCGCCGACAUCAUCAAGACGGGCGGCGAAAAGGUCAGCGCCCUCGAGGUCGAGCGCGAGCUGCUCUCCCUCCCCGAAGUCGCUGAGGCCGCCGUCGUCGCAGUCCCCAGCGGAAAUUGGGGCCACAAGGUCGGCGCCAUCCUCAUCCUCGACCAUGACGUCGUCACCAAGUGGUCGCCCCUGGACAUGCGCCGAGCCCUCAAAAACCGCCUUGCCAACUACAAGAUCCCUCAGGUCUUGCGUAUCGUCGACCACAUUCCCCGCAACGCCAUGGGCAAGAUCAACAAGAAGCAACUAGUCAAAGCCAUUUUCGCCGACAUGAGCGGUGACGAGAUGUAA